AUGCCUUCAGUCCCCGCUAAGAUACUUAUAGGCAUUUCUUCAGACCCAGAUGAAAGCAAACAGUUGCUGUCACGAGCAAUUAGUGUUCUGGCUCAACCGAAUGACAACAUAGUUGCCAUUCAUGUUCUCGUUGGCGAGGAGAGGAAGAAACAAAAAUCAGUAUCAAAGUCUCAAUGCCAACUUCGUCGAGCAAAGGCCUAUGUUAUAUCUGUGCUCGGAGAAUUUGCCAGGACUUGCCAGUCAAAGCAGGUUAAUCUGGAGGCUAAAGUAGCUUUCUGCUCUAGUAUUGAAAAAGGUCUAAUUGAGGAAGCAAAAUUUGUAUUUGCGGACUAUCUUCUUCUUUGUAGCUCAAGAAACCAAUCAAAUAGAGCUCCAUCUAUCACAAGAUACUGCUUAAAACAUGCCCCGCCUGGUUGCACAUUGUUUUUAUUGGGAAAAUCUACCAAGCCUCAACAAAAGUCAGAUUCACAUUCUGCAGACUUGAAAGCUGAAAGCCAUCAAUCAAAUUCAAGGUGGAGUAAAAAUAAUAUUCAGAGAGGCAGAACUACAUCCCCUUCUGAAAAUCUAGGUGUCAAAGAACAGAAGAAACAAAUCACUUCACCAAGAGCUGUUUUAGAUGAAUUUGAAGUGGAAUCUCAGAGCACUGAUGAUACUAGUAGCUAUGGGGAGUCAGGUAUCACAGAGUCCCCCUCUCUGGCUCCCAAGUUCAUGAGCCUAACCAAUACAAAGAAGCAAGGAUUGUCACCAUGCAAAUUCAUCUGUUCUUUCUUUGGUACACCAUUCAGAAAAAUAAAUGACAGUCUAUCCAACAGCGAGAAGCAUUUACCUUCACUGAAAUGCUUCAGCUACAAGGAGAUAAUGAAUUCUACAAAUGGCUUCCACCCAGAUAAUCUGGUAGGUCGAGGUGGGUAUUCAGAAGUAUAUAGGGGUAACCUUUCUGAUGGGAGAACCAUUGCUGUCAAAAUGUUGGCCAAAGACAACAACAAUGCUAACAAAGAAAAAGAGUUCCUAAUGGAACUGGGAGUAAUCUUACAUGUCAGCCAUCCCAAUACAGCUAAAUUAGUAGGUUGCUGCAUUGAAAAUGGACUUUACCUCAUUUUCAACUUCACUGAAAAUGGAACUUUGGACUCUGCAUUGCAUGGUAAAUCAUGUGAACCACUUCCGUGGUCUGUUAGAUACAAAAUUGCGAUUGGAGUUGCCAAGGGUCUGCACUAUCUGCAUAAAUGUUGUAAGCACCGGAUAAUACAUCGUGACAUCAAAUCCUCAAAUGUCCUUCUUGGGCCACAUUAUGAACCACAGAUUACUGAUUUUGGACUAGCAAAGUGGCUUCCUAACAAAUGGACUCACCAUGCUGUGAUUCCGAUAGAGGGUACAUUUGGAUACUUAGCACCAGAGUAUUUCAUGCAUGGAAUUGUAGAUGAAAAAACAGAUGUUUUUGCAUUUGGGGUUCUUCUUUUGGAGAUAGUGACUGGCCGAAAGCCUGUGGAUUCAUCUAAGAAAAACCUUUUACUUUGGUCAAUGCCACACAUGGAAUCAGAGGACAUAACCAAACUAGCUGAUCCAAAACUGGAAGCAAAUUAUGAUGCAGAACAACUGCAUAGAGUAGUCCUCGCUGCGUCUUACUGUGUGAGACAAACGUCGGUAUGGCGUCCAUCAAUGAGUGAGGUGCUAGAGCUUCUUAACGAUGGCCAUAAGUCUGAGAUUGCUAGGACCUCGAUUCCAAAGUUUUCCUCCAAUGAGUUGGAUGAUUACUCCAUGGUUUAUGGUUAUGAUAUACCAGAAGACAUUGAUUUGGAGGACUACUUAUGA